GCAGCGGGCGGGGGCUGAGUCAGCAGGAGGGCAUAAAGGCGGCGGGGCCGGCACCGGGCGGGCGGGCAUGGAGCUGCCGGAGCUGGGGCGGCACUGCGCCGAGCGCGCCUGCAGGAGGCUGGACUUCCUUCCUCUGAAAUGUGAUGCGUGUGGGGAAGUCUUCUGCAAAGACCAUAUCCGUUAUGAUGACCACAAGUGUGGCUCUGCCUACAAGAAAAAUGUGCAGGUUCCGGUGUGUCCACUCUGUAAUGCACCUGUCCCAGUACAGAAGGGGGAAAUACCAGAUGUUGUGGUUGGAGCCCACAUGGAUAAGGACUGCAAAUACAAUCCAGCACAGCAAAAGGAGAAGAUCUUCACAAACAAGUGCUUAAAGCCAGGCUGCAAAAGAAAAGAGAUGAUGAAGGUAGUUUGUGAACAGUGCAAUGGUAAUUUCUGCAUAAAGCAUCGGCAUCCUCUGGACCAUGACUGUAAAGGGAGCAGCCACCCCAUCUCCAAGGCUGGGCAGACAUACCUUCCUUGCUCUGUGCAGUAGGAAUGUAAGACUUGUGUGCCAGAUGUGGAUAAUUAAACUGGAUGGAAGAGUGAGACUACUGGAAGCAUGCUUAAGUGGUGCUGAGCCUGGUUGUAUUUCUUUGUAGGUAUGCAGCUCUGAUGAGAGCAUCUCAAACUGCCUUCAAGUCAACAGAAGCAAUUGCAGUGCCAUCUAAUGGGAACCGUCAGCACAACAGGUAUAAGCUGUGGAACAAGAUGAGAUGGUUUAAAAUAGUCUUAGGUCAACACAGCAUGGUAGUGCUGCUGUCAUACAUCUAACUGCUCUAGGCUUUGUAGUUGACCUUUGAUCAGUGUUGAGAAUAUAGCAGAGAGCUUUCUGACAGCACAAGCGAAUCUUUAUUUCUCCACACUGUGAGGAUUAAUAUGGCUAUGUAGACACAAGCAUUAGGGCAUUAAGUUGUUUAUUGUACCAGCAGGUUGGUCUCCCACCUGCCCAGGAUAAGGCUUUUGGUCAAGUUUUGGAAAACUGGUGCUUCAUUGUAAUGCUGAGAAAGCAUAGCAAAUCUGACUGAAUGGCCCGAGUCCUUCCCAGCCAUGGUUUACUGCCUUGUGACUGCAAGUUGUAGUUGAAUGACUCUUACAGUUUACUCUAUUGUUCAGAUGCAGAUGAUAGAAACUCUUCACGCUGGAUCAAGCCUCUGCCUACUUCAGAGUUAAUCUUGUCUGAAGCUCUUUAAACUUUCUCUAUGCAAGUAACUUAUUUUUGUGUAUAAUCUCUUAUGGAUUUAAUAAACUGUCACCCUUUCUAAGCCAA